CAUUGCAUCCUCACGACCGGGCGCAUUAAUAGUUCUCUCCUCGCUAAAAUAUAAAUGCGGCCGAGUCCGUCUAUCGCUCUCCAACGGCGACCCCGUCGGACCUCAGAGCUCGGUGCGGGCCUUCUCUUCUUCUCUUCUUCCUCUUCAUUAGAAGGUAAAAGUAGAGAUAAGUGUCAUUGAGAAACAAUAAUGGGGAUAUCUAAAGUGAUUGGAUCGGCUGCAACACUUUUGUUUAUGACCUCUGUUUACCUCAAGAAGUCUGGCAUGACAUUCGUUAUGAUACCCUUCCUAGUUGGCUCUUUGCUUGCAUAUUUGGUCACCAUCGCUUCUCAUCCAGCUGUAAAUUUUCCCUCGAUCCUGGGAAAGGGAUCUGAUGGGAGCUUUCCACUUUGGUCAAAACUUCUGUUUGGCCCAUUUCUAAUGUUUGUGCGGGCAUACGUCCUCCUUAGAAAAUUGAAGAGUACGGAACCAGUGUACAAUGAGAUUUCUGAUGGUUUAUAUGUUGGCGGCUGGCCAUCUUCCCCAAAUCAUUUGCCUCCUGGUGAACCUGUAGUAAUUGAUUGCACGUGUGAACUGCCUAGGAGCUCUUUUGUUUCAAAGGAUGCUUAUCUUAACAUUGCCAUUUGGGAUACAAGGUCCCCUCAACCUUUGCAAAUUGAAUAUGCAGUUCGUUGGGCAUGCAAAAAGAGGGCUCAGAAGAAGCCUAUAUACAUCCACUGUGCAUUUGGUCAUGGCAGAAGUGUUUGUGUAAUGUGUGCACUUCUAGUGGCACUAUGUGUGGCUGAUGACUGGAAAGAUGCUGAGAAGAUGGUUAAAGAAAAGAGGCCUCGGAUUAGAAUGAAUGCUCAUCAUCGGAAAAACUUGGAGGAAUGGACUAAAUACCGGCAUUUGUCAAAAGAAGGAUAAGUGGCUGCAAUUUAUUCGAUCAUUUGUCAAAAGGAGGAUAAGUAGCUGCAAUUUAAUCAAUCAUUUGAUAAAAGGAACAUAAGUAGCUGCCAUUUAAUUGAUUCUCUGAUACUUUUCAGAGAACUUGUACAAGUCCAACGACAUCAUUGUCUUAGCAUUACAGAUUUAUGUUUAAAUCUACAAACUGCACGGAAUCAGGAUUUUUGUUUUUUUGAAAAAUAUAAUUCUUCAGCACCUUUUCUUUGUCGA